AUGGCCAUCAGAAAGAGAUGCUUGUUUUUAGGAUUUCUUGCAUUUUUAUGGACUGAAUUGAGUGCUGAAAACAAUACAAAGAAUGCAACAUGCAGGCUGUUGGGCAAGUUUGACUUGACUGGAUAUGUAGAUGCCAAAAACCAUUCAAUGGUUAUUGGAGGAUUGUUUCCUGUACACUCCAGGACCAUCCCUACAAAUGAGUCUAUUUUGGAGCCAAUAUCAGCCAAGUGUGAAGGGUUUAACUUUCGCGGUUUCCGCUGGAUGAAAACCAUGAUCCACACACUCAAGGAGAUUAAUGAAAGGAAGGAUAUUUUGCCCAACCACACUCUGGGCUAUCAGAUCUUUGACACCUGCUUCACCAUCUCCAAAGCAAUGGAGUCAGCCUUGGUAUUCCUUACAGGGCAGGAAGAAAACAGGCCUAAUUUCAGAAACAGCACUGGAAAAUAUCUGGCAGGAAUUAUUGGAUCAGGAGGAUCAUCCUUAACAGUUGCUGCUUCGAGAAUUCUAGGGUUGUAUUUCAUACCUCAGGUGGGCUAUACUUCAUCUUGCUCACUUCUUAGUGACAAAUUCCAGUUCCCAACUUAUGUUCGCACAGUAGCCAGUGAUAAAAUCCAGUCUGAGGCUAUGGUAAAUCUUAUCAAGCACUUUGGUUGGGUCUGGGUAGGUGCUAUUGCAGCUGAUGACGAUUAUGGAAAAUAUGGAGUAAAAGCUUUCAAGGAAAAAAUGGAGAGUGCCAACCUCUGCAUCGCGUUCUCUGAAACCAUUCCCAAAGUCUACUCUAAUGAGAAGAUGCAAAAGGCUGUUAAUGCCAUAAGGAGCUCCACUGCCAAAGUCAUCGUGUUGUAUGCCUCUGAUCUUGACCUCAGUCCUUUUGUGCUGGAAAUGGUUCACCACAACAUAACUGGCAGAACAUGGAUAGCAAGCGAAGCAUGGAUUACCUCAGCCCUCAUUGCAAGGCCUGAGUAUUUCCCAUAUUUUGGUGGAAGUAUUGGAUUUGCCAUACCAAGAGCUGAUAUACCAGGAUUAAAGGAAUUUCUUUACAAUAUCCAUCCUAGCAAGGAUCCAAACGAUGUCUUGACCAUUGAGUUCUGGCAAACUGCUUUUAACUGCACCUGGCCCAAUAGUAGUGUUCCAUACAACAUUGACCAUAGAAUAAAUAUGACUGGUAAAGAAGACAGGCUGAAUUCCAUGUCUGAUAAGCUCUGUACUGGAGAGGAGAAGUUGGAAGAUCUUGAAAAUACCUAUCUGGAUGUGUCUCAGCUGAGAAUCACGAACAGUGUGAAAAAAGCUGUUUAUGCUAUGGCUUAUGCUCUGGACCAUCUAAGUAGAUGUGAAGAAGGGAAGGGACCAUUCUUUCCAAACAAGCAUUGUGUGUAUAUACCUGACUUUGAUCCUUCACAGCUAAUGUACUAUAUAAAGACACUUAAGUUUACAGCCCAUGAUGGACACCAGAUAGAGCUUAAUGAUGCUGGAGAUGUGAUAAAUGGACAUUAUGAUAUCCUAAAUUGGCAACUAGAUGAUAAUGGAAAGAUUUCCUUUGUGCCAGUUGGAAAAUACACAUUCAAACAUUCUAUGUUUGAGCUCAUUCUCCCAAAGAAUUCUACAAUAUUUUGGAACACUAAUUCAUCAAAGCGCCCCCAUUCAGUGUGUACUGAUGUGUGUCCUCCUGGAACUCGAAAGGGGAUUCGACAUGGGGAACCAAUAUGCUGCUUUGAUUGUAUCCCAUGUGCUGAUGGACAUGUGUCAGAGAAACCAGGUCAAAGAGAAUGUGAUAAGUGUGGAGAAGACUACUGGUCUAAUGCACAAAAGAGCAAGUGUGUGCUGAAGGAGGUGGAAUUCCUUGCUUAUGAUGAGGCCCUGGGGUUCACCCUUGUUAUCCUCUCCAUCUUUGGGGACCUUGUGGUAUUGGCAAUCUCAGUAGUGUAUGUGAUCUAUAGGCACACUCCACUGGUGAAUGCCAAUGACAGGGUGCUGAGCUUUCUCAUCCAGAUGUCUCUUGUCAUCACAAUGCUGUCAUCUAUGCUGUUCAUUGGCAAACCGUACAACUGGUCCUGCAUGGCCCGCCAGGUCACUCUGGCACUGGGAUUCACUCUUUGCCUGUCUUCCAUUCUUGGAAAGACAAUUUCACUGUUUUUUGCCUACAGGAUUUCUGUAUCCAAAACCAGAUUUACAUCCAUGCACCCCCUUUUCCGAAAAGUCAUUGUGCUAAUCUCUGUUCUGGCUCAGGUUGGCAUAUGUGUGGCUUACUUGGUGUUGGAGCCACCAUGGGUAUACAAGAACAUGGAAUCUCAAAACAUAAAGAUUAUUUUUGAGUGCAAUGAGGGUUCUGUAGAGUUCUUGUGCAUCAUAUUUGGGGUUGAUGUUUUCCUGGCCUUACUGUGCUUUCUUACAACCUUUGUGGCUCGCCAGUUGCCAGAUAAUUAUUAUGAAGGAAAAUGCAUCACUUUUGGGAUGCUGGUCUUUUUCAUCGUCUGGAUCUCAUUUGUCCCUGCUUACCUCAGCACCAAAGGCAAAUUCAAAGUGGCUGUGGAAAUAUUUGCCAUUUUGGCAUCCAGCUAUGGUUUGUUAGGCUGUGUAUUUGCUCCCAAGUGCUUCAUUAUUUUGCUGAGGCCAAAGAGGAACACUGAAGAAACUGUUGGUGGAAGAGUCCCCACUGUUGACAGGAGCAUUCAGCUGACUUCAGCUUCUGUGAGCAGUGAGCUUAACAACACCACUGUGUCCACUGUCCUGGAUGACUAG